CUGUGGUAUCAAUUUGAUAUCAUCUUGAUCAUUAAAUAAAAGGUAUGAAGAAAAUAUGGGAUUGUUUCGCUUUUAAUUGACCAUCUUAUUCUUGCCGACUUCAGUCAAUUGUAUUUCAUUUUUCAAAAAUAAAUACGUACGUCACCAAAGUUGACGCUUUUUUUUCUACCGUGAGGAAUAUUUUUUAAUACCACAAGAUGAUCUUGGUGAAUCGGUUUAAUAACCCAGUUGUAACUUAUUUUGUUGAAAAAUAGAUAAAAGCUGUUUUCCGAAACGUUGAGGCACAAAAACGGUUCUCCAAAAACGUCGACAAAGAUGAUAUAUUCCGACUUUCCGAGUAUGAUGUUUGAUUCAAACUCUGUAACGUAUUUUUCAUAGCUGCGCUUGAAAGGCUUUGCUGCCCUCUGAUAUUUUCCAAACCAGAGACGAACUACGUGCUCACAUGCUUUCCAAGUUGCCCACCAGCCUUCCACCCCACCUGGCUCUCAAAUUCAUUAAAGUCUAUUCCAAUUCUGGCGAUCUUCAACGUGCACGCCAAUUGUUCGAUAAAAUUCCCCAACCAGACCUCCCUACAUGGACUAUUCUGAUUUCAGCUCUCACUAAACAUGGUCGCUCAUUGGAAGCCAUACAAUAUUACAAUGAUUUUAGGCACAAGAACUGCGUUGAACCCGAUAAAUUGUUACUGUUAUCUGUGGCCAAGGCUUGUGCCAGCUUGAGGGAUGUUAUGAAUGCCAAAAGGGUCCAUGAGGAUGCAAUCCGUUUCGGGUUUUGUUCGGAUGUUUUGUUGGGUAAUGCAUUGAUUGAUAUGUAUGGGAAGUGCAGGUGUUCUGAAGGUGCUAGGCUGGUUUUUGAUGGUAUGCCUUUCAGGGAUGUGAUUAGCUGGACCUCGAUGGCUUCUUGUUAUGUGAAUUGUGGACUUCUGAGAGAGGCUUUGGGAGCUUUUCGCAAAAUGGGAUUGAAUGGGGAAAGACCCAAUUCGGUUACAGUGUCCUCAAUUCUUCCUGCUUGUACGGAUUUGAAAGAUUUGAAAUCAGGAAGAGAGGUUCAUGGUUUUGUUGUGAGAAAUGGAAUGGGAGGAAAUGUGUUUGUGAGUAGUGCUCUUGUAAACAUGUAUGCUAGUUGUUUAAGCAUUAGGCAAGCUCAGUUGGUGUUUGAUAGCAUGUCUCGUAGAGACACUGUUUCAUGGAAUGUACUUAUAACGGCAUAUUUCUUGAACAAAGAAUGUGAGAAGGGUCUUAGUGUUUUUGGUAGGAUGAUGAGUGAAGGGGUUGAAUUGAAUUAUGCUUCGUGGAAUGCUGUAAUUGGGGGAUGCAUGCAAAAUGGACGAACUGAAAAAGCACUAGAGGUCCUCAGUCGAAUGCAAAAUUCAGGAUUCAAACCUAACCAAAUCACAAUCACUAGUGUCUUGCCUGCUUGCACAAAUUUAGAGAGCUUAAGGGGAGGCAAACAGAUUCAUGGAUAUAUCUUUAGGCAUUGGUUUUUUCAGGACUUAACAACUACCACUGCUUUGGUUUUCAUGUAUGCUAAGUGUGGUGACUUGGAACUUUCUCGUAGGGUUUUCAGUAUGAUGACGAAAAGGGAUACUGUUUCUUGGAACACGAUGAUCAUUGCCAACUCAAUGCAUGGGAAUGGAGAGGAGGCUUUGUUGCUCUUCCGAGAAAUGGUGGAUUCUGGGGUCAGGCCUAAUUCUGUUACUUUUACUGGUGUUUUAUCUGGCUGCAGUCAUUCACGUCUUGUUGAUGAAGGUCUCUUGAUUUUUGAUUCGAUGAGCAGAGAUCACUCAGUUGAACCUGAUGCAGAUCAUCACUCGUGUAUGGUAGAUGUACUAAGUCGAGCUGGUCGCCUAGAAGAGGCAUAUGAGUUCAUAAAAAAAAUGCCUAUUGAACCAACUGCUGGUGCUUGGGGAGCACUGCUCGGUGGCUGUAGAGUAUAUAAGAAUGUAGAGUUGGGGCGAAUUGCAGCAAACCGGUUGUUUGAGAUUGAACCAGAUAACCCUGGAAACUACGUACUUUUAUCCAACAUACUUGUUUCUGCCAAACUAUGGAGUGAAGCAUCAGAAACUAGAAAAUUGAUGAGAGACAAAGGAGUUACUAAAAAUCCAGGUUGUAGUUGGAUUCAGGUGAGAAACAGAGUCCAUACUUUUGUUGUUGGUGAUAAAAGUAAUGAUCAGAGUGAUGAGAUCUACAGAUUUUUGGAUUAUAUGGGGGAGAAGAUGAGAAUUGCAGGGUAUUUGCCCAACACUGAUUUUGUGCUGCAAGAUGUUGAUCAAGAAGAGAAAGAGGAGGUUUUAUGCAACCAUAGUGAGAAACUUGCUGUUGCUUUUGGUAUACUUAAUCUGAAUGGGGAGUCAUCGAUUCGGGUAUUUAAGAAUCUGAGAAUAUGUGGAGAUUGCCAUAAUGCGAUCAAGUUCAUGGCCAAGAUUGUUGGGGUGAAGAUCAUUGUGAGAGAUUCCUUGAGGUUUCAUCAUUUCAGGGAUGGAUUAUGCUCCUGUCAGGAUUUUUGGUGAUAACUAAGUCUGAGUUGCAGGCUGAAUUGCAUCAGCCUCAUGCUUUAAAACCAGCUUCUGCUCCUGUUUUCAACUUUUUGGUUCUAAGACCAUGGCUUGCUGCGAGUCUCUACUGGUAAAAGAUUUCUAGGAAAAGAAGCACUGGGAUAUUGAAAAUCUCCAUUGGCAGAUCAAUGACUUAAUGGAUCACUGGAUUUUUAAUGUUUGAAGUUCCCUGAUAAGCUCAGAUCAUUUGUAUCAUCCAGAUGUGGCUUGGAGCUGAGUUUUGGAGGACUUGAGCGUGCAAUUGGAGAUGACUCAGUUAUGGUUAUAUUAAUGGCAGCAAAGAUCUCAGAAAACCCUGCGAAGUCUACAAUGAAGAACAGCAUGUUGCAUGUUCUGCAUUUUGGAACAUUCUCUCUUGAUUGGUAGCUACAGUCUGCAGGCUCCUCUACCCGGAAACACAACUGAGAAGCUGAAUCUGGUAUGUUAUGGAACAAGUAAGUUUUCCUGGGACCAUUUGUUUGGCAAGCAGGAAACAGAGCAAACAAUCAAGAAGAAAAAGUUUCAACAGUGUCUGACUCUUUGAGAACAAUCUCUUUGAAGCAAUGAGAUAACUUUUAGCAACUCCUAA